ACGCAUCCAAUCCGUGUCGAAAACGCGUGUUUUCUGGUGGAUCUCGAUCAGCUCCAGGACCCAGAAGAUUUACUCUGUGAUGAUCUUGGUUCCUGGAAUCAAAGCAAAACUUCAGUCAAAAAGUACCAACUAGGAAGAAAGAAAGGCCAUGUCACAAAGAUCAUAAAACAGCCUGAUUACGCUGACGGUAAGCAUAGUGUCUUUCGUAGAACAUUUGUGAACAGGAGUGAUAACUCGAUGCGAAAGACCAUCGUCAAUGUGGUUCGUCCCGACGAAAGCCAUCACAAGUUGGUCUUUGUGCGUUAUUACUUCGAAGGAGAGCCAGAGCACAGCAUUCAGUUAAAGCCUCAUGGGAGUGCAAAAUCAGGCUGUGCAAUUCCCUAUCUGAGGACCUAUAGAAGCACCAUGUCAAAGAUGGCGACUGCUGUCUCUGGAAAAGAGAAGUCAUUGAAGAGAGUUGUACAGCAAAUAGAAGACAAUGUUGGUGCACUUGAACAGUGCAAUUCUGUUGGACAGCUCCCUAGAAACGAACGACAAGUGAAGUACUUAAAGGGCGAGUGUCGACCACCGAAGGUAAUGGAUCCCAUAUUUCAAAUAACAUAAAAAAUGAAAGAGCAGUCCCAAGAUGGGGAAAAAUUCAUCCGUGCUUAUUUUUUGGAUGACGAUUCUCCAAAGGUCAUCUUAUUCACUGAUGAGGAGUUAGACGACAUUGCAAACUUUUGCUGUAAUGAUGUUGAUGGGCACAAAUCAAUUCUCUACGUACAUGUCACUUUCCAGCUUGGACCUUUUUUUGUGCUGGUUACUUCUUAUCGAAAUACAACGCUUUACACAAAGAACUCUAGCCAUCCCGUUUGUCCAGUCCUUCUUGGCCCUGUCAUGUUAUGCAUGCUUAAGGACAAAGCAACAUACAUAACAUUGUUUCAGAAAAUAACGGCUCGUUUACCCGGAGUGAAGGCCUUCUUACAAGUAUAUUGCACGGAUGGUGAGUUAGGAAGCACUUCGCGAGGCGUUGGGACAGGAGUUUGA